AUGGAGUUGGCACGCAGCCUGGCCAAAGGCAUAUUCGCGGCUCUCAGGUCAACCAUUGUCUGUGCAUGUCCGGUAUCUCACGGGAUUAAUCUUCAGUUGACUGCCUUUCCUACGAGUCUUAUGGCCCAUGGGGAUGAGGAGAUGGCUGCCAAAAGAAUGAUGUUCCAGCUUGCACUUUCUUUCGAUCCAGAUAACACUGGACAUGAUAAUGCUCCGUGGCUCUGGGAAUUAGUCCGUUUGCAGCUGAUCGACGACAAGAUUGUGCCGACACAAGCUAUAUUCAAUGGACGACCUCUCAAAUCUAACCAGAAAAUAAACAAAAGAGCCCGUUUCGCUACACUCAGCAAUGCAGGUCAACAACAGCCCAAUAUGGAUAACACUGGAACCCAUCACGCAUUCAAUUCAGCGCUAGCGCUUCCCAUGGCGAGUGGAAUGCAAGCGAAUGAUGCUAGUCCCAACAUCAGUGCGAGUUGCGUCCAUGACCUUUGCGGUGCCAUCGCGAAAGGCCAAGACAAACACAACGUUCACUGCUACGGGUACAUUUCCGAUAAGUCCGCAGUCACAGCUCCAAUGUUUGGUGUAUAUCCAUUUGGACAGAUGCCAUCGCCAUCGUGUACAGUCAUAUCUUUGAAGGAUGUACUUGAGGAUCACGGAAAGACAUUCCCACUCUUACGAUUCAGGCAUAAAGUGCGACUUUCCCAUUUAUUUGCUUUGAGUGUCCUUCAACUCUCUAGUUCACCAUGGAUGCCCAAGAUACUCACAAGCAGAGACAUCAUUUUCCUCAGACGAGACGACAAUGUCUUAUACGAGUCGGUAUAUAUCGCAAGCAGAUUGCCUUACUCGUCGCCAGAUCGGCUGGUAUUCGAUGACGCCCGCGUGUCGCCGCUCGUCCCGAACAAGGAGCUAUUCUUUCUAGGAAUUUUACUCAUUGAGCUGGCUCUUGGGACCACUUUUGAUAAGCUUCGAAGCUCGGUCAGCGAACAACGCUACACAAAGCCUCUCGAUUUGGAGGCUGACUGGGCAAUGGCAAUCAAUGCCCUCAGUGAGCUACAAAGCACCAUGAAGGCAAGCCCGAACUACUUCAAGUCUGUCAAAGUGUGUAUCAAAUGCGAAUUCCUUCAUGAGAACAUCGAUUUAAACGACCAGAUAUUCCGUCAAGAAGUAUACAAAAGGGUCGUUGGUCCUUUAGAGGAGGAUUUGUUACCGCUGUCGUUUUGA